AUGUCUGCCAUCAACAGUGCCAUUGUCGCUCGCGACACUUUCAGCCACAUUGCCAAGCGCCGCACCUGGGCCCAGAAAGAAGCCGGUGUCAUCGUCGUGUUCGCCAUCGUCUUUGUCGUCGGAUGCGGUCUCCUCGGUCUGUGUAUCUCGAAGGCUCUUGCCAAAAGAAAGGCCAAGAAGCAGAGUGUGAGCCAAGUUUAA